CACAUGCGUCUUAUUUUCUCGUUGCUUUACAACAAUUUCUUCUUUUUAAUUGUUCGAAUUGCUUGUCAUGUGUACGAACAUUUACAGCAAUAUACUUUUACACAACUGAACGCGUUUGUCAGGGAAAAACAAAAACAAUCAAGAUGGUCUGCGCUGGAUUCACCUGCUCCAAGAAUUCCCUGUGCGCGCUCAACAUCCUCUAUGUUAUGGUGAGUUUGCUGAUGAUUGGUAUCGCUGCCUGGGGGAAAUGUUUUGGGCUGGUGUCAAGCUUCCAGGUGGUGGGCGGCAUCAUCGGGGUGGGAGUUUUCCUCUUCUUUGUUGCCCUCGCUGGUCUUCUUGGUGCUAUAAAGCACCACCAGGUUCUGCUGUUCUUUUACAUGAUUAUCCUGUUUCUGGUGUUUGUAGUUCAGUUUUCAGUGUCCAGUGCGUGUCUGGCUAUCAAUGAAGACCAGCAGAAUCACCUGUUGGAGGUGGGCUGGAAUAAUUCACUGACCACUCAAAGAGAUGUGGAGAAGAGCUUGAACUGCUGUGGCUACUCUAGUGUGGACAUCAGUGGAAGCUGUGCUGCUCCUUGCUUUCAUUAUAGCACGUGCACUACAUGUGCAGCAAAGAUCCAGGAGCACGCUGGUGAAGUAUUGCGCUUCGUUGGGGGAAUUGGCCUCUUCUUCAGCUUCACCGAGAUCAUGGGUGUUUGGCUGGCAUACAGAUACAGAAACCAAAAAGACCCGCGGGCGAAUCCCAGCGCCUUCCUGUAACCGCUCCAGGCUAGAUUUUUAUGAUGGUUUCACUUGAUUUGUCAUGAGCACUUGUCUAACCACUGGGAUUCUUAUUGAAUAUUUGUUUAAGGGGAGUGUGUGUUUGCUUUUACCGAAGAGGAGACCAGCCUGUGUGUUCUAGCUGCUAUAUAUAAAUAUAUACAGUAUCAUAUUUUUCAAGAGUACAGUGUGAUAGCACUGUACAUUAUGAUGCUCUACUUUUGUUUGAAGAAUUCCUCUAAAUGAAAAACACUGCACCAGUACACCAAAUAUCAAUAUGCAAUAUGUAUAUGAGACACUAAUGGGCUAAACCACAAAGAGCAUUUGGUUAUAAGAUUGCAGUUUUAUAAUUUGGUAUAAAUAAAAUAUGAGCUGCAGUGACCAAGACUGGGAGUGUGUAAGCAUGACAAAUUUUACACUAUGACUGUCACAUUUAAUAUAUUCACUUGUACAACACAUUAUUUAUAACAAAACAACACGCUACCAGUUAGCAUGACUGAUAUAGAGAAAAGAAAAGUUGCUCAAUCUCUAUGAUCCAAUAUUGUGUGUGUGUGUGUGUGUUUUUUUUUUUUUUUUUUUACUGGCUUGAUUGAUUUUCCUCUUUCUUGCAUGUUUCCUCAUUUAAAUGUACAUCCAUACACAAUAGUUCUGUGAACUAUGUUCUUAAGUGUUUGAAACGAAAGCAGAAAACAAUAAAGGCUCUGAGGACACAAUUGUACUCUCCCUGAUUUUAUCUUUUGUACUACAUAAUUGUUAGGUUUCCACAAUACCAACGGUUCAGGGUUUUAUCGUCUGAAAUUCUUUUCCAAGUAAAAGUAUUUUAAGACAAUGACUU